UCAGCGGACUGUCAUCCUGAGAGCGGCUGGUGUGCCUCCGAGCUCGCGCUCUCCGUUCUUCUUUUUUCGUGUUUCACUGAUCUCGGAUGUAACAUGGACCCGGUCUGAACUGAACCUCCGACCCUUUCUGCUGAUUCACCCUCUUCAACACACAUCGUUUCCUUAAGAAGCUCGUAGCGCUGAGGUCCCAUCAUGAUGGAGUACUGGAGGCAGUGCGCGCACUGGCUCAUCAACUGUAAGGUGCUUCCAGCGAACCACCGUGUGACAUGGGGGUCCGCUCAGGUGUUCGACCUGGCUCAGACGCUACGGGAUGGGGUCCUCCUCUGCCAUCUGCUCAACAACUUGAGACCCCAGUCCAUCAACCUCAAGGAGAUCAACCUCCGGCCGCAGAUGUCACAGUUCCUGUGUCUGAAGAACAUUCGGACGUUCCUGGCAGCGUGCAGCGACGUGUUCAGCAUGAGGAGGAGCGAUCUGUUCGAGGCCUUCGACCUGUUUGACGUCAGAGACUUCGGAAAGGUUAUAGACACUCUGUCUAAACUGUCUCACUCAGCCACAGCACAACAAACUGGAAUCAGGCCGUUUCCCUCAGAAGAGACCCUUGAAGACGAGGAUAUCUACAAUCACCUGGAGGAUCUUAUCGAUGAGAACGGCGUGGAGGAUGAGGAGGACCUGUAUGACUGCGUGUAUGAUGAUGAAGAUGGAGGAGAGAUCUAUGAGGACCUGAUGAAGACAGAAGUCAUCCCUCCUCCGGCCUUCCAGAAGCAGGUAGAGACUGACAUCAGGAGCUGCUGUCUGACAGAGAUCAAGCAGACAGAGGAGAAAUACACAGAGACCCUGGAGUCUAUAGAGAAGCACUUUAUGACACCCCUCACCAUGUUUUUAACCAUGGCCGAGAUGGAGAAGCUGUUUGUGAAUAUCCCGGACCUGGUUAAAGUUCAUAAAUGUCUACUACUUGAGAUCCAGGAGUCAGUCCACAGCAGAAGUGCCCAGGACCUUUACCAGAUCUUCAUCACCUUCAAGGAGAGGUUGUUGAUCUAUGGGAAAUACUGCAGCCAUGUGGAGACAGCCAUCGCCACUCUGGACGACAUCUGUAAAGACAGAGAGGACGUCCGCAUGAAGCUCGAGGAGUGUUCCAAAAGAGCAAACUAUGGGAAGUUUACUCUGAGAGAUCUGCUGGUUGUUCCUAUGCAGCGAGUCUUAAAGUAUCACCUCCUCCUGCAGGAGCUGGUGAAACACACUCAUGAUGCCGGUGACAAGAGGAACCUGAGGAUGGCUCUGGAUGCCAUGAAGGACUUAGCUCAGUACGUGAAUGAGGUGAAGAGGGACAACGAGACAUUACGAGAAAUCGAUCAAUAUCAGAAAUCCAUCGAAAACCUGAAUCAGCCUCUGAGCAACUAUGGCAGACCCAAGGGUGACGGGGAGGUACGGGUGGCCUCGGUGGACAAACGAGCCAAACAGGACAGACACAUCUUCCUGUUUGAUGCUGCGGUCAUUGUCUGUAAACGACGAGGAGACGUCUAUGAGAUGAAGGAGGUGAUCGACCUGUACCUCUUCAAGAUCACCGACAACCCAACAUCAGACAAGGAGAACAGAAAGUGGUCCUAUGGAUUCUACCUCACUCACAACCAGGGCCAGAGCGGCUUCGAGUUCUUCUUCAAGACCAAAGAGCUGAAAAAGAAGUGGCUGGAUCAGUUUGGCAUGGCCAUAUCCAACAUUCGACCUGACAACGCCAACAACAACUUCCACGAGUUUCGUAUGUGCAGGUUUGAGAGGAUCACCCCGUGUAACUCCUGCCACAUGCUGCUUAGGGGAAUCUUCUACCAGGGCUACCAGUGCUCCAAGUGUGGUUUAGGAGCUCAUAAAGAAUGUUUGGGACGCUUCGGCUCCUGUGGAAAAACAGAUCCGGGCUCCGUCAGAACUCAGGGCAAAGAUCGAGAUGCAGGUCUGCCAAAGAUGCUGGUGAUGAGGAACUACUUUGGAGCACCCAGCCCGACGUCUGGUCCAGCUCUCAGCAUCCAGACCGGAGACAUCAUCGAGUUAAUCUGUGCGGACCUACACAGCCCCUGGUGGCAGGGCAGAAUCCUGUCCACCAAGGAGGUUGGCUUCUUUCCCAGCGACUCUGUGAAGCCGUGCCCGUGUGUCCCCAAACCUGUCGACUACUCCACUCAACCCUGGUUUGCAGGUCCGAUGGAGAGACUCCAGGCCGAGGCAGAGCUCAUCAACAGGGUCAACAGCACCUACCUGGUCCGUCAUCGCAGCAGAGAGUUCACAGAGUACGCCAUCAGUAUAAAGUACAACAACGACGUGAAGCACAUAAAGAUCCUGACCAAGGAGGGCUGCUUCCACAUCGCAGAGAACAAGAAGUUCAGGAGCAUAUUAGAGCUGAUUGAGUACUACAAACAUCACUCUCUCAGGGAAGGUUUCAGGACUCUGGAUACCACACUGCAGUUUCCUUACAGAGAACCGGAGAACGCUAGUGUGCAACGACUCAACCGCUCGGGAAGCAACAUGUUUACUCCAAAGGUGAUCGGAGUGGCGAUAGCACGGUACGACUUCAGCUCACGUGACACGCGAGAGCUGUCUCUACAGGAGGGUGAUGUGGUGAAAAUCUACACAAAGUCAGGAGCUAACGGCUGGUGGAGGGGCGAGGUCAACAGCAGGGUCGGAUGGUUCCCGUCCACGUACGUAGAGGAGGGUGAGGAGUGAAGGUCCGUCACGAGUAGGAGAGUUAAAUAAAUGAAGAAGGGCUGCAGCAGUGAGACAGAGAGCUUCUGUUGUGUUCUCCGGAGUGACUUUCAGUCUCCCCGUUGAAUCUGCUGCCUGAAAACGUCUCUGAGGCCUUCAGCAGAGAAAAGGGCUAUGUCACGCCGCAGAGCUUGCCCCAUCAUCCCUGCUGCACUCUGUGUGGAUAAGUGACUCCACCAACUAGCAGCUUGCCUGUCAGCGGGACACAAGCCCCCCGCCAGACGCCUCCUCCCUCCUCUCACUGACUUCACCCAUCCAUAAUUCACCCUCCUCUCCUCCCUGUCUGCCCCCAAACUCCCACCUGUUCCUGCUGCCAAGUCGACCAUCGCCAAGCUGUCAAAAAAAGAUACUCACACUCCUCUCUUCCAUUCAUGCACUCAUCCAUCCAUCCAUCCAGCCCCUGUGAGCUAAAGCAGACCCUUACUUUCACCUAUCCUCCUCUGUGAAGGAUUUCAGUCUGUUUCUCUUUCUAAUGUAGGUGCUUAUUGAUGACUUGAUGACCCAGAUUCACACAUACACACUCCACUCACACACACCACCCACCUCUCCCUCUUUCAGAUUAUGAUCACACACUCUUACAGAAGAUGUAAUAGAGGGAUAACAUUGCUGCACAGAGCCGACAUUGAUCGCUGUUGUUCUUAUUUUCCUCCCUCCUCCUACGUUUUUUAUCUGCAGCCUGGACUCUCAUCUUUUCACUGGUCUCUGCCGUUAGCGAUACCACGACUCUUAUCGGUGACAGGAGCCCCUUUGCCGAGGGUUUAUCUUAUUGGAGGCAUUAGCAGCUUGUCGGGGAGUCACACUAAGCUACCUGCCUCGAAAACAAAGAGGAGAGAAACAGCCCGACAUCCUUUUUGUUCCCUCUUUUUUCUGUUUUCCAUCUUUCUGUCUUCGCAUUCUUAGCUUGUCUUGAAUUCAAAAAGUUGCAUUUGUAUUUAUUUAAUUCUUGCAAAAUUUAGAUUCAAACUUUGCAACAUUUCCACCGGGUUUUGCAGCAAAAAUUCCUGUCAGAUUUCAAGUGAAGAAUUUGCAUCUGGCUGCUGGUUCAGAGGUUUUUUUCCCUGAAGAAUACAGUUUCUGCAGAAACACUGAAUAUUUGCAAUUUAGCUGAUUUCCUUUUGGAUGAAAAAGCCUCACAUUGUGAAAAGGUAUUUAUGCAUUAGCACUUGAAACAAACCAAACAGAUAUAAGCUGUCCUCCUGCUAACUGUCCUCCCUCUCAACCCCCCCCCCCCCCUCUCUCUCUCUGUCCCACCCUCACCCCCUGUUCACAUUAUGCACACUGCCUCCUUAAUCCACAGUGAAAGAGGAUUUUCCCACAUUUGAGGGAAUAAAUACCUUUACAGAAAAACACCCUUGUCAUGUCGCCACAUGCAGAUAUACAGACUCAGACGGAGUGAGACGAUAACUUAUGUCGUCUGGAGACGAGGCCAGAAACUCCCCAGCAGUUAGCUUUGCAUGGCAACGAAUCCAUCUCAAACUAAAGAUGUGAUUCCUUAUUUCACAGUUUCACUUAUCUUGGUUUAGAUAUGUUGAUAGAGAGAUUUUUAUUUCAGUCAUGUUUGGUGAUUUCUGUUUGGGGGAAAACUCCCUCAAUCAAGUCAUUUUUAUAAAGAUGAUCUACCAUUAUUUCAAUUUCUCUUUGUAUCUGAGGAGUGAGGAGGAACGUUGGAAACACAGCCAGACUUUCACACACCUACGCAUGACAUUUUAAAACGCAUCCAUCUAUUUCCUGUAAAGGGAAACUAUUUAUGUAACAUGCAGUGUACAUUACAUUAAAUCUGUCACAGUGGAGUGUUUCAAUGAGAGGCAGCUUUCUCCAAUCCAAACUCUCAGCUCUUAAUUUGUGUUUUAACGCCUCUAUCAGAUCAAGAGAUAAAUCAUUACGGCUUAAUAGUGGAUGCUGUGUUUAUAACAGCCCUCCAUUUAAAGCUGUCAUCCUCCCCUGCCAUGUCUUUAUACAUUUUGUGAAUUGAAGGAAGAUUUUAUUGUAAAGAGAUGCUUUAUGUGUGAGCUAAAUGGUGCUAUUAUGUUAGAAAACCCCAGUAAGGUUAUAUUUUUAGAAAAAGCUUUUAUUCUGCCUCGUCUUGUUAAACUGUUGGACUGAAAAAAUGUGUGAAAAAGAGUGAAAUUCAUGUAUUUUUGCAUCAUGAAGUCCCCCCAUAUUUCCAACAUUUUCCACAGUGUCACUAACUGACCACUAGAUGGAAGCAUGCUAAACACUUCUCCUCUUGUCUAACCUUCAGCUCACUAAAGUUCUGAGAUGACAUCAUCUGAUGAGGAGGUGAACAGAUUGAAAGAGACACUUAGACACAGAUUUCUUUAAAGAAAAGUCACCAGACUGAACUCUUACAUGUGGGGCUUUUACUGGAAGUCAUGUGAAAAUGCUCCAAAGUUUCUUUGUAUUUGAAAUGAUUUUUCCCAGUAUCAGAUAUCUUUGUAGCUUCUUGUGCUGUAUGAUGCUGUACCUCCUUCCUCAUGCAGCCUCUCAACAGCCAAACAUUAAGUUUAGAACAUCUUCAGGAAAUCUUUGUCCUCACUGAUGCAAUUGAGCAGCAGCUCCUCUCCUGUCAGGGGAGAAGUGAAGAGGCAGAGUAUUCUUCUGUAAUCUCCGACUCCUGUAAUCCACUCCUGCUCACCUCCUCCACCAUCUAAGGGUGGAGUAGGAGGAGGAGGAGGAGUAGAUUACAGGAUUCUGAGAUUACAUUUAUGACCGCAGGCCUUCCUCCUCCCCUCGGAGCCGGUCCGAGGUUUCUGUGCACAGGAGGAAGGCUCAAGGGUAUCUGUGAUCUAAUCAUUACAGCAUCUCCUCACCUCGGCGACCCCGCUGCAUCCAUCUCUCUGUCGGCUCCCCUCGCUCCGCCGCUAUCUCACCGUGUCACUUCCUCUCUCUCUCUUUACUGCUCUCCCUCUCCAUCCAUCUUUUGUCCAAUCUCUGUCUGUAUGCUGUGCCUCACCUCAGCGCUGUAGCUGCUGUAUGUUGGCGGGAGGAGAAUAGCGGAUUAUGAGGAGUGGAGGAGAGAGGCGCAUGAGUCUCUUUACACAACUGCUGCAAAAUGAGGAUGAUUAAAAAUUUAUUAUAAAUUAAUAGACUGAUAAACGUGUGGCAGUUACAGAGUGAAUAAACCGUAUUCACAGGGUGUCACACUCUGUCCAUAGGGUUAUUAGUCAUAAAAAUAACAAUAACUCUGCAAACCAAUCUGACAUUGUUUACCUGCUCCUGUCUUUAUCAGUGUUACAUAAAAUUGUGUUAGAUUUUGAGCAUUUUCUUACCUUAAGACUGGUCAGUUAAUCUCGAGUCACAUUUCUGUUUGAAUAAUGGGGAAAUUAGUUGCUUCAGAACAUCCCCAUUUUACACAGACAUCUCCAACGCUGAGUGUGACGUCACUGGAAAAUCGCCACCAUGUAAAUAUGGUUUAUUAACUCUGUCACUUCUUACAUGUGCAGAAUUUUUUUUUCCAUAUGCAUAGACAUGCUCUGUAUUUGCACAACGAACUCUGACAGGAUUCAGGGCUGGACAUGUCUCAGCUCAGCAGGGUUCAAAGAAACAAUCUCCUCAAGCAAUUCUGCAGUAACCUGAACUGAAAAUAUGUCCUAUAAUACUUCUGUCUUUGUUUUUCCUAGUGAUAAUUCAUCCUCCUCUGACUGAAUGUUUUCUCUGUACUCUGGCUCUUUUUGUAUUGUUUUUUUUCCUCCUCUAAAGCCAAAGAUGUUCUCUGUACUUUCCAUAUGCUGUUUUUUUAUUUUUUUGGUCUCAUCAGCACGGUACCGACCGCUGUGGCCUGACUCUAUAACUGUGCAAUCUUAACUGUGUAGCAUUACUGUUUAUUGUUGUUGUAACAUACUGUAAAUGAUGUACAUAGCACAUAAUAAAGAUAUACAUUGCUUCUUCUAA